AUGCCCCGUCCCACAGCCGUCCCCAACCACCACCCCACCCGCCGCUGGACAUACCCCUGCUCCGAGACACUACAACGAUCUCCAAUCACCCGAACCUCCCCUCUCCUCUCCCUCCCAAACGAAAUCCUCCUCAUCAUCCUCCACCUCGUCAUCGCCUCUGAAACCCCCACCACCCAACUCACGACCCCUCACCCGAACCUCAAAUGCACCUGCGUGCCGCUCCUCCCUAACCCUUCCGUCCGUUCCUCCACGAAGAAACCCUGGCCUUCCCGUCUCCGCACCUCGCUCAAGAAGCCAUGGUAUUCCCACUGUCUGAGACUCUGCAAUCGGCUGGAGUCCUGGGCCGCCGACCCGGGACUUCCACACCUCUACCCACCCAGCCGCAUGCCGAACCUCUCCGUGGCGCGAACCUGUCAGGCACUAUAUCCCCUCGCGGUGGAGGCUCUGUACGCGCUCAAUACCCUCACACUAACCUCGAGUGAAGUGGAAGUCAUGCUACUCAGUCCAGCGGGAAAAGGCGUGAUGGAAAAGUUGACCGGUCUGCGGGUCCUCGAGCGCAAAAUCGAAGAGUCAAUCUGGGUGCAAGAACUAAUCUACCGCCCACCUCGAACAUCUCCACAACCCCCAAACCCCUUCUCCGCACCUACGCCGACGAAUGGACACCCACCUACCUCCGCGCAGACGACUGUCCCUGGUAUCCCAAAACGCCACUCUGCCGCAUCACCCGCGACCUGCUAUUCGCCGAGAUGGCAUCCGUUCUCAACGAGGUGUAUCAGCAGUACGUCAACAACGGCAGCGUAG